AUGGUAUUCGAAAAUGAUUGUCGUAUGUACGAAAAAAAGUACCCAGAAGAAAAUGAAUUAGUUAUGGUUAGAAUUGAAAGUAUUGGUGAUAUGGGUGUUUACGUAUCAUUAUUAGAAUAUAACAAUAUCGAAGGUAUGAUUCUCUUAUCAGAAAUUUCACGUCGUCGUAUCAGAUCUAUCAAUAAAUUAGUUAGAGUUGGUAAAACUGAAGCUGUCGUUGUAGUUAGAGUUGAUAAAGAUAAAGGUUAUAUCGAUCUUUCAAAGAGAAGAGUCACUCCAGAGGAGUAUGCUCAAUGUGAAGAACGUUUCCAUAAAUCAAAAGCUGUCCAUGGUAUUGUUAGAUAUGUAGCAACUAAACUUUCAACCGAAGAUAAUGUAGUUAAAACUAAACACUUAUACACUAAAUUCGUUUGGCCAUUAUACACAAAAUAUGGUCAUGCUUAUGAAGCUUUUAAAUUAUCAAUUACUGAACCAUCAGUAUUUAAUGGAUUUGAUAUUGCAGAGAAUGAAAGAAAAGUAUUAAUGGAAACCAUUAUCCAAAAACUUAAACCACAACCACAUAAAGUACGUGCUGAUUUAGAGAUUACAUGUUAUGAUUAUGAAGGUAUUGAUGCUAUUAAACACGCAAUCACUGCCAGUCAAAAUCACGCAUUAUCUGUGCUCAAAGCACCAGAAGAUGGUAAAUUUGAUGAAAAAGCAUUUGGUGUCGUUACAAUUAAACUCGUCGCUCCACCACUCUACGUUAUGGUUGGUACUUUUGAUGAAAAAGAAAAAGGUCUUUCAAUGGUUGGUCAAUGUGUUGAUGUCUUAAGUGAAGAAAUUACCAAAAAGAAUGGUAAUCUUACAAUUAAAGCUGCUCCACGUAUUGUUGGUGCUGUUGAUGACCAAGAACUUCGUGAUCUUAUGGAACAAUUAGAAGUUGAAAAUCAAGAUGGUGAUGGUGAAGAACAUGAAGAUGAUGAUGACGAUGACGAUGAUGAAGAGGAAGAAGAAAAACCAAAGGAAAAGAAAUCGAGCAGAAAAUAA